UAGCGCACGGUGCGACAGAGUCCAUCUUCAUAUUUCCGUGUAGCCCUUCGUUUGGAUAAAAUAGUGGUAAAGGUAAGACACAGAAAGAAUGCAUCGAACUGGGGCACCAAAGAAAUAACAGGCAACUUGACUGCUUUGUGGGGAAAGCCAUUUUUCGGGCCCCGUUGCCGUGCAGGGAGUUGUCGUUAGCAUGCCCCUUUUCUCUUCUUGGAAGUUAGCACCUUGAGGAGCGGCUCGCUUGGAGUUCACGUUCCCCUCCCGAAACGCAGUGUGCAUGAUGAAAUGUUGGUGUGUCACAUAUGCUCAGACCGAGAAAUCGUAGUUCGUCUGAGCUUAUGUUGCUUCAAUAACAGGAAACCACGGAGGAUACGAGUCUUAGUUGUAUCAUUUGAUUGCCACACCAUUACCAGCGGUCCUUCCUGCUGCGCCAUUUCCUUGCACUCGCUUCGUUUGUCCACUAGAAUCAUGAUUCAGUCUGUAACUGCCUUUUCUGUCUGGUCACUUAGUUUCCCUUGGCAUGUCGACGCGGGGGUCUUCGCCGCCGUAAACCAAAUUUAUUCCUAAUUGUCCGAAUGUUCGGUUCAUCCCUGAUACGUAGGCCAAGCAUUUCUUUCCGUCUGCAGAUCUCGCGCACUGCUUUACGCAUCUCUACAGCGCCGGUGAACUAUUGAAACAUUGUCUCUAGAACGAGCUUCUUUUGGUAGAGUUGCUACGAGUGCGCACACAUGUCUGUGAGAGCUUCGCACUUAGUGACACGAAUCGCUUUCCGAGCGGGAAAUGAGUUCGCGACUUGUCACAGACGGAGCUCGACGGCGAUAUUUCCGUUUCUUCCUUGUCUAGGUCGCUUUUCUCCAUGGACUGAAGCUCACUUCUGCCACAGUUUUUGUGGUCGCUCGGUUCUCCCGUAUGACGGUAUCGCGAAAAACGAUAAACGCGGCUAUUUACGAUUCCGUAGUGCCUGACUUGCUUAACAGCCAUGGCAGGCACAGUAAAUGAGGUCGACGAAGUCAUUCGGAACUGGAUUGCUGACAAUCCCAAAGUAGUUGGCUACGUGGUGAUCACCGCUGACGGAAUCCCGAUCAAGUACCACGAGAAGAUGCCCCAUGAAAAAGCCGUCCAAUAUGCUGCGUUACUGUCGUCUUUCUGCAUGCGGUCGCGCCAAUGUCUCCGAGAACUGCUUCCGAGUGAUAACGAACUAACUUCCGUUAGGCUCAGGACCAAAGAAGGUACCGAGAUUAUCGCUGUCCAGUUUGCCGGCUACACGCUCAUUGCCAUUCAGAACUGCACUGGAAAGCCGUAUGACUACGGUGAAGAGAGUGUCGACCAGAAGGAACAAGAGUGGGAAGAACUGUGAGCGGUAACCUGUCACUUGAAACGAACUUAAAAAAACCACC